GGUAUUAUCCUCUAUCGAAUGGUGUUAAACAAAUACGAUAUUUUUUAACACAUUGUAUAUAUUAUAUGUUGAUUUGAGAACUUGCACCAAAUUUAUCAAAACUUAGAACAAAAGAUUAUUACAGUGCACAGUGGUUAUUAAACAUGAUAUAAUAUUUAAAUGUUUUUAAAAAGAAAUAAAUAGAUUGUUUAAAUUUCUGAUUAGUUUAAAAUGAAUUUAUAGUACCAGAAUAGAAUUGACCGUCUACCUCAAUUGUUACUUCGUGACGGUAUUUCACAAAUAAAAGUAGAUUUUUACAGCAUUAGAUCUGUAUAAAUAUAAAUGUUGAUCUCAGUCAUCAGGGUGAAUGCAACGAUGUAUGUACGAAAGUCGAAUCAAAUAAUAUGUGUAUUAACUUGUGCUAGAGAUGCAGUACUUGAAUAAGUGGUUAGUUAAAAUUUGCUGAAUUGCUUGACUAUCGAUGUCAUUAUAUUAGUCCAGAGUAAGAAUGAAUGUUUGUUAGUAAUACGUUUGAAAAAGUCAGUAAGACGGCGAUAUUUAGUUUUUCAUCAUAAGCGGGAUGGGCUUUUCUACGAGUUUGCAAGGACAGUCAUCGCACGAGGCGUUACUCGCCCGUCAAGAUGCUGAAAUUAAGCUUCUUGAAACCAUGAGACGAUGUUUAACGCUUAAAGUUAAAUCAGAUCGUGAAUAUGCCACGACGAUUUCCUCUUUAACGAUGCAAGGGAAAAAGAUUGAACGUAACGAGGAUCUCGUUGGUAGUCUUAUUGCACAGAGUUGGAGAGAUAUAAUGGAUUCUAUUGAUCAGACUGCUAAAUUAAUCAAGCAACAAGCAGAUACUAUUGAAGCAAUAGUUGUCGAACAUAUUACAACGUUGUAUUCGGAAAGAAGACGUGCUAGGAAACUAUAUCAAGAAGAACAGACAUGGUUAAAUAAUCAGUUUCAACAAUUAAAUGAAGAUGUUGCCAGAAAGAAAUUGGAGUAUCAAAAGAAUCUGGAAAUGUAUAAACUGAUGAGAUCCCGUUUUGAAGAACAUUAUGUUAAAUCUGGCCGAGUUGGUAGAAAACUAGAUGAUGUAAGAGAAAAGUAUCAGAAAGCUUGUAGGAAACUUCAUCUCACACAUAAUGAAUAUGUAUUACUUUUGGGUGCUGUAACAGAAUGUGAACACGAUUUAAGAACUUGCUAUUUACCGAGUUUGCUGAAUCGACAACAGGCAAUUCAUCAAGAAUUUGUAACAUCAUGGAAAGCCAUACUUCAGGACAUAGUGAAAUAUUCUGAUUUUACAACGGAUAAAUUUCAAGAAAUACAUUCACGGAUGCAGAAAGCUGUAGACACUGUGAAGCCUGUAGAAGAGUAUAGAGACUUCAUAGGAAAGCAUGGAACACGACCAGCAUCACCGAUAAGAUUCACGUUUGACGAGAAUCUUGUAGACGAUACAUCAGGAAAAUUAUUACCAAAUAAAUUGACGGUAGAUAAUUUGACGAUAGAUUGGUUGAGAAAUCGAUUAUCGGAAUUGGAAGCUUCGUUGAAAACUGCUCAGCAGACUCGACAAAAUGCUCAGUAUCCAUCAGAAAAUAACAGUGAUUCCAAAAUAUCAGUUUUGGAUUACUCUCGUGAAAGGGAAGAGUUACGAUUGCGUUGCCAAGAAAAAAAACUUCAGCGACAAGUGGACGUAAUUAGAGGUGCUUUAAAUGAGUUAGGUUGCGAAGAACUACCACCGGGAUACGAUAUUUCUAUGGAGAGUUCUUUUACCGAUCCACCCGCUAUUAAUAAGAAAAAUACAGUUCCAGAUAUCGGUCUGUUUACAUUAAGAAGAAAUCAGCGAUUCAUGACAAUAUUUAGGUCUCCCUUCAAAUCUUUACCAGUAAUAAACAACACAAAAGAUGGAACAAUUAGAUCGAGUAGCGAAGGUCCCACUUCAAAAGCAGAUAAUACUGUACCAGUUGUACCAUUUCGUGGAAUUUCACAUCUAACUACUAAUCAGAAAGGAAAUGGAAAUGGCGAUCUUAUGGAGGAAGAAUGGUUUCAUGGUGUAUUACCAAGAGAAGAAGUAGUAAGAUUACUUGUAAGCGAUGGAGACUUCUUAGUACGCGAAACAACAAGAAACGAUGAGUGUCAAAUAGUUUUAUCUGUUUGUUGGGAUGGGCAUAAACACUUUAUCGUCCAAACUACACCGGAAGGUCAUUAUAGAUUUGAAGGCCCUACCUUCCCAUCAAUUCAAGAAUUAAUUAAGCAUCAGUGGCUAUCUGGAUUACCUGUAACUAGCCGAUCCGGAGCUAUUCUAAAAACACCAAUUUUACGCGAACGUUGGGAACUCAAUAACGACGAUGUAAUUCUUUUAGAGAAGAUAGGGCGGGGUAACUUUGGAGAUGUAUAUAAAGCGCAACUAAAAACUUGUAAGACUGAAGUAGCUGUAAAAACUUGCAAAGUAACACUACCGGACGAACAAAAGCGCAAAUUCCUACAAGAAGGACGAAUACUGAAGCAAUACGACCAUCCAAAUAUAGUAAAACUUAUUGGAAUUUGUGUUCAGAAACAACCCAUAAUGAUUGUUAUGGAACUGGUACCCGGUGGUUCCUUAUUAACUUAUUUAAGAAAAAAUGCUAAUACCAUCACGCAACAAGAACAACUUCGAAUGUGCAAAGAUGCUGCUGCAGGUAUGCGCUAUUUGGAAUCUAAAUAUUGUAUUCAUAGAGACUUAGCAGCCCGAAAUUGUCUCGUAGGGUAUGAAUCCAUAGUAAAAAUAUCAGACUUUGGAAUGUCUAGAGAGGAAGAAGAAUACAUUGUAUCGGAUGGUAUGAAACAGAUUCCAAUUAAAUGGACUGCACCGGAGGCAUUAAAUUUCGGUAAAUAUACAUCGCUCUGUGAUGUUUGGAGUUACGGGGUCUUAAUGUGGGAGAUAUUUUCUAAAGGUGGAAGUCCUUACAGUGGAAUGUCUAAUUCUCAGGCUCGUGAAAAAAUAGAUGCAGGUUAUCGAAUGCCAGCUCCCGAAAACACACCUGACGAAAUAUAUCGUCUAAUGUUACGAUGUUGGGAAUACGAGCCAGAGAAACGUCCUCAUUUUGAUCAGAUUUAUACAGUCGUUGAGACGUUGUCUCAAGCGUAUUUAUAAAGAAUAAACUUGAGUCGGUAUUAAUCUGUAUUAUGAAUAACAUUUCUUUUAUAUCGUUUAUUAUAGUUGUAGAUUAUUUUAUCAAGUUAUAUAAUAGCUCGUAAAAAUUACGAGCAUUAAAAAUUGACGCACGGUACCAAAACGUAUAUACGAGAUAUGGCUAUGAUUUACAAUGAAAAUCUCAAAUAUUGAAAAAAACUGAUCUUCCCAGGAAAAUUUUGAUGUACUUUUUAUAUACGUUGACAGCAGGAUGUGAAAAGGUAACAAUCGCACAUUUACUAUUCAUGAUUUUAAAAAAGGACUUUAAUAUUUAAUAAAAAAGCAAAAUGCAUUUAAGCAAGCGAGAAUUUAGAACCUUGGUUAUUUUGUUUUGUACGUAUGCGAUUACGUAAUCGUAAUAACAUUUCAUAGUAAACUUGAAAUGAAAUAUAAACAUAGUUGGAUGUAUAAGAUUUUCUCAGUAAAUCAUGGAUAUAUUUUACCUUUUUGCUGUGUUUAUAUUAUUAUUGUGCAAGGAAAUAUGUGAAUAUGUACUAUUGCGUAUUAUGACAUUGUAUCCUACUCUGUUGUUUUUUUAUUAGUUUUUUGUUCAAAUUUUUAAAUUAUUCGUCCGUCCAAAUCAUAAUUCAGUUUCACUUGUUACAAACGCAGUAUUAUAAUUAACUGUUAUAAACAAUUGAAUUAAAAUGCUGGUAUAAAUUACUAUAUUUUAUUAAAU